GUCAAUAAUAGCCAAUCGCAUGAUGUGGUCAGGAGUUUAAAGGAGUGUGUGUUUCGAGGUCUGUUUUCUGAGCAGGACAUGAUGGAUCGAGCAGCUCUCAGACUGAUUCUCUUGAGUGUCUUUCUCAUCUCAGCCAGUUCACAACCUGUUAAGAAGAAACAAGAUGUGGAUAUAUACAGCUUCUACAUUAACUCCACGGUCACCAGUCGCUACGCCACAACGGUCAUCACAAGCCGUGUGGCGAACACACUGAAUGAAUCUCAAGAGAUCCAGUUUGAGGUCAAGAUACCCAAGACUGCCUUCAUCAGCAAAUUCAGAAUGACCAUAGAGGGGAAGACAUAUGAUGGUGUUGUGAAGGAAAAACAGGAAGCUCAGCAGCAGUACAGUGAAGCAGUAUCUCGAGGACAAAGUGCUGGACUGAUCAAAUCUGUUGGAAGGACUUUAGAAGACUUUAAAACUUCAGUGACGGUGGCUGCUUUUAGUAAAGUGACCUUUGAGUUGACCUACGAAGAACUGCUAAAGCGCCGCCUCGGCAAAUAUGAGUUACUCAUCAAUGCCCAACCGAUGCAGCCGGUGGCAGAUUUCAAGAUGGAUGUACACAUCCAAGAGAAACCAGGAAUUUCCUUCUUGGAGGUGAAAGGAGAUCUGAGCACCGGUGAUCUGGCCAAUGCCAUCAAAACCACCAGAGCAGACAAAGACGCAUGGGUGACCUUCUACCCCACUCGAGAUCAACAGACCAAGUGUAAAAGCUGUGGAGAAAAUGGGCUGAAUGGUGACCUGCUCAUAACAUACGAUGUUGAGAGACGAAAUCCUAAAGGAGAAGUCAUGGUAUCAAAUGGCUAUUUUGUCCACUACUUUGCACCCUCUGAUGUUCCACGUAUUCCCAAAAAUGUGGUGUUUAUCAUUGACCGGAGCAGUUCGAUGCACGGCAGAAAAAUAGAUCAGACUCGUUUGGCACUGCUAAGGAUUUUAAGUGAUCUUGAUGAGGAUGACCACUUUGGAUUGAUCACCUUCGAUCAUUCAGUUGAUACAUGGAAGCGUGAACUCCUGAAAGCUACAAAGCAAAAUCUGGAGAAUGCAAAAUCUUUUGUGAAGGAGAUCAGAGAUAGAGGAGCCACAGACAUAAACGCUGCAGUUCUAGCAGGAGUGGACAUGAUCAAUCGACAUCCACGAGAGGGAACCGCCUCCAUCCUGAUCCUGCUGACUGAUGGAGAUCCCACUUCAGGUGAAAUUAACAUAGAGAGGAUAAUGGCCAAUGUGAAAAAGGCCAUUGGGCUGAAGUUUCCCCUGUAUUGUCUUGGUUUUGGACAUGAUGUUAACUUUGACUUCCUGACAAAGAUGUCACUGGAAAAUGGUGGAGUCGCUCGCAGGAUUUAUGAAGAUUCGGACGCUGAUCUACAGCUGCAGGGCUUCUAUGAUGAAGUUGCCGUCCCUCUCCUCACUGAUAUUCAACUUCAAUACACAGGAGGGACAAACCUUACCAAGACCAGCUUUAACCUGUACUUCAACGGCUCUGAGAUUGUGGUUUCAGGACAAAUCACAGACAACAGUGUGGAGAGUUUCAGCACUGAAGUCAUUGCAGUAUCAAAAGGCAAUAAUGUGACGUAUCAGGACACUGUAAUGAUAAAAGACCCCAGUGAUGUCCCACCUGAGAAUGAAGAUUUCAUGCAGAGACUGUGGGCCUACCUUACAGUGAAGCAACUUCUGGAAAGGCAGGUGCUUCUUAAAGGACAAGAGAAAGAGGAUGAAGAGAAAGAAGCUCUCAAACUCUCUCUGAAAUACCAGUUUGUCACCCCCCUCACCUCUAUGGUCGUCACUAAGCCACAGAAGGAUGAAGUGGAAGUUGCUGACAAACCCAAAGAGGGAGGAGAGGAUCCCAGACCUCCAGUACCAGGAAUUACUAAGUACCAUUUAAGUCCCGGUCUGCCCGGUCCGCCUGGUCAGCCUAGUCUAAGCGGUGCUCGACGCGGUCUGGGUGGUCCACCUGCUGCUCAUCCAGGGAGACGUCGAUUUGGUGGCAUGCUGAAGUCCUCAUUUCAUCAAAUGCCCAUGAUUCCAUGGGAGAGUGAAGAAAGUGUUCUCCCUACUAUGUACUACUCAGUUCCAACAGUUCGUAGCAAUCGGUUCCUGCUGUCUGCUGCUGGUCAGUCUAAGCCUCUUUGUUUUGAUGUUCCUCUUCCUCACAAACUCAAACUACUACAGGAUUCUGCUUCAGAGUUCUCUAUGAAUGGAGAAUCCAUGACUAGACAAAAUGGAUUCAUUAAAAUUGUCUUUCAUUACAAAACAAACCAUCGCCUGACAAUAAACACAAGGUCUAUCAGAUACCACGAUGGCCAGAAUGAUGUUGAGUUUUUGUGGGGCCAGGAACCCACUCAACACAGUACAGAGGGCGUGUCUCUGAUUCUACGGAGCAAUGAAAUGGACGUUACAAUGGGACACAUACGCGUUGUUAUUCUUCUUCACAAGAAAAGUGGUGACGUGUUUCUGUGGCCUGCCGUUCGACAACAGCCAAAAGAUGUCAGUUUGAUGGGUAUUUUAGGAAAAGCUGAGGCUUCAUAUGAGGAGAUUCAAGGAUCUCAAACACCAACUCUAAAGAUAAUGGACCAGGAAGUGAAGGCGAGCUGGGAGGAUGUCACAGACUACACACUUCCUUCAACUCCAGUUAUCAGAUGUUUGCUUGUCCCGUUCCAGGCUGUGAUGCAGGGAGACAUUUCUGAUUUCACUGUCACUCAGCUGUAGAAAGUCAUUUGAUGGAAAAUAUACAUUUUCAUGAAUUCAUCAACAUAAAUAUGUGUUAGAAUAUGAACCAUAAUAUGCUUUUUUGGGAUAAACAUUUCUUUCCAUUAAACACUGUCUCAAGUCAA